CGCCGCUGCUCGUCCGCACCAGCGCAGCGCGUGUGUCCAACCGCCGCCACAAUCGCGAGUUGGCCGUCUUCAGCGACGUUUUCACGGAUAUCGGGCGCCUGCUCAUCCCCCCCUUUCCUUCCUUGUCACCCGCUUCCGCCUUUUCCGUCCCCCCCCCCCCCCGUCCCCCCACUCCCUCCAUCCUCCAUACCGGACUUUUUGGGAAGUACACGCCGCCGAGAGUGAGCCUCCGUCCGGACGCGGAGCUCCGGAGUGGCCGCGGUCCCUUUCCCGAGAACUGCCCCGCAAAUCACACACCGACGUGCCGCAUGGUGGGAAUCUCCGACUCCUUUCAGUGUCGGCCUGGGAAGCGCUCCACCAUGCCCGACUCACCUGCGGACGUCAAGACGCAGUCCAGGUUGACCCCACCCGCCAUGCCGCCCCCGCCCAGCACGCAAGGACCUCCCCGCAACGGCUCCUACACACCCACCACCCUGACCAACGGUAGCAGCAGCCACUCGCCGACGGCCCUGAACGGUGCGCCGUCGCCGCCCAACGGGUACGGCAACGGGCCGGGUUCGUCGUCGUCGUCGCUGGCCAAUCAGCAGCUGCCGCCGGCGUGCGGCGCCCGGCAGCUGAGCAAGCUCAAGCGCUUCCUCACCACGCUGCAACAGUUCGGCAACGACAUCUCGCCCGAGAUCGGAGAACGCGUCCGCACGCUCGUCCUCGGAUUGGUGAAUUCGACGCUAACCAUCGAGGAGUUCCACUGCAAACUGCACGAAGCCACCAACUUCCCCCUGCGACCUUUCGUCAUCCCCUUUCUCAAGGCCAACCUGCCGCUGCUGCAGCGGGAGCUCCUCCACUGCGCCCGGCUGGCCAAGCAGAACCCGGCGCAGUACCUGGCCCAGCACGAGCAGCUGCUGCUGGACAGCAGCACGGCGUCGCCGCUGGACUCGUCCGAGCUGCUGCUGGACGUCAACGACAACGGCAAGCGGCGCACGCCCGACAGAACUAAAGAGAACGGCUUCGACCGAGACGGCGCCCUGCACGGGGCGGACGUGCACCCCAGCAAGCGGCCGUGCACCGUCAGCCCCGGCGGGCAACGCUUCAGCCCGUCCAACGGCAUCUCGUACCAGCCCAACGGCCUGGCGCACCCGGGCCCGCCGCCGCCGCCGCCGCCGCAGCAGCAGCAGCAGCACUACCGCCUGGACGACAUGGCCGUCGCCCACCACCACUACCGCGACGCCUACCGCCACCCGCCCGCCAACCACAGGGAGAUGCGCGAGAGGGGCCGCGCCAUCGGCAUCCACGCGGGGGGCCGCCAGGAGGAGGUGAUCGACCACCGGCUGACGGACAGGGAGUGGGCCGAGGAGUGGAAGCACCUUGACCAUGUAAGAAAACUGCUCAACUGCAUCAUGGACAUGGUGGAGAAGACGCGGCGCUCGCUGACGGUGCUGCGACGCUGCCAGGAGGCCGACCGCGAGGAGCUCAACUACUGGAUCCGACGUUACAGCGACGCCGAGGAGCUGAAGAAGAGCGCCGCUGCCUCCAGUGGCCAGUCCAGGCAGCAGAGUCCCGCGGCGCAGGACAAUGCCACAUCCGACAUUCACAGGGAGCUUCUGCAUCGGCCUGUUUCUGGCUACGUCCCUGAAGAAAUCUGGAAGAAAGCUGAGGAGGCGGUGAACGAGGUGAAGCGUCAGGCCGUGUCGGAGCUGCAGAAGGCCGUGUCGGAGGCCGAGCGCAAGGCCCACGAGAUGAUCGGCAGCGAGCGCGCCAAGAUGGAGCGGACGGUCGCCGAGGUCAAGCGGCAGGCGGCCGAGGACGCGCUGUCCAUCGUCAACCAGCAGGAGGACUCCAGCGAGAGCUGCUGGAACUGCGGUCGCAAAGCCAGCGAGACGUGCAGCGGCUGCAACACGGCUCGCUACUGCGGCUCCUUCUGCCAGCACAAAGACUGGGAGAAGCACCACCACGUCUGCGGCCAGACCCUCCAAGCCCAGCCGCCGCCGCCGCAGGAGGGCGUCGCCGUCGCCGUCCCCGCCCCCGCCCCCGCCCCCGAGACCCCCGCCCCGGUCAGCUCCUCCGCGUGCACCCCCAGCAGCUGCGCCGGCAGCCCGGCUCCCACUCCGCCCGCGGCCCCUCGCUCGUCCACGCCGGGCACCCCGUCGUCGUCGUCCGCUCCGGACGGCCACUAGAGGCGCGCGCCCCCCCGUGCAGUAUGCUAAGCUAACGCGGCUAACGGAGAACUUCCUUAACGUGGGUCAUAUUGACUCGCCUCGACUUUAAUAGCAAAGAUAUUCUUUGUUGCCAAUGAAUGAAUGUAAAUAGACGCUCGCGCUCAGCGUUCUUGCGACUUGUCGUGGUGGUUUUGGUGCCCGUUGUUGUUGUUGUUGCAAUUGUUGUCGUUAAUGUAGCGUAUUUUCCUUGUAAAUAAGACUGCUCGCAGCGAAAGCGCCGUUGUCCCAACCCACUGAAAGGCUGAACUGAGUCAACCAUAGACGGCGGGAAGGUUUGCCACUUGGUCGGUGUUUUCUUUUGACUUUUGGACGCACAAAUCCGACAUAAGCAAGCGCCAUAGAGAGUAUACGUCGGAAAUGACAAAUAUUUCCGCAACACCGCAGUGGCGAGCACUCAGAAUUCAAACGCGGCUCCCCCUUCAAGCCGGAUCUACCGAUUCCAAAUUGAAACUGCCCAAACCUGCAGCCACUCCCAUCCAUCCAUCCAUCCAUCCAUUUUCUGAGCCGCUUCUCCUCACUUGGGUCGCGGGCGUGCUGGAGCCUAUCCCAGCUGUCAUCGGGCAGGAGGCGGGGUACACCCUGAACUGGUUGCCAGCCAAUCGCAGGGCACAUAGGAACAAACAACCAUUCGCACUCACAGUCAUGCCUACGGGCAAUUUAGAGUCUCCAAUUCAUGCAUGUUUUUGGGAUGUGGGAGGAAACCGGAGUGCCCGGAGAAAACCCACGCAGGCACGGGGAGAACAUGCAAACUCCACACAGGCGGGGCCGGGGAUUGAACCCGGGUCCUCAGAACUGUGAGGCUGACGCUCUAACCAGUCGGCCACCGUGCCGCCGCAGCCACUCCCAACACCUGAAAUAGUGUUGUCGUGUUCUUACGUACACAAGACACAAACGCAACCAAGACAACGUAUUUUUGUUUUAGCACAUUCCCGUAACUCCCUGAAGGGGAACCCGCAGUGUCGCGUUCUCGCUGAAUUUGACAAAAAAAAAAAAACCAAAAAAAACGUCUUUACUUCUGGAGACGCAAAGCCGACAGAAUCGAGCAUCUGCGUCGAAUUUCAGCAGAUGUUUUCAGCAGACGGGUUCGCUAAUUCUCCCUCCAGGAAACUGCGGCGUUGUGCUGUGUUCCAAAACUUUAUAUUGAAUUUGGAGACAACUAAUACAACAAACGUGCCUCCUGCAUACGUGUUUUUUUUUUUUGUUUUUUUUUUUGGGAAAAGAGUCGAAUCCAGUCAUUCUGCCUGUGGUGUUGCUAAGAUUUGGAAUUUGGACUCUAUGGUUGCCUCAGAUGGGCUGGAGUUUUUUUCAAAUGUUCCAUUCCUGAUUGGAUUACUCAUGCCCUCCUUGGAUUUUGGACAUUUCUUGCCACCGCUGGACAGACGGCCAGAAUAUUCUUCAGUAUUUUAUUUUAUUUUUUUCUCACUCAAAUUGCUGGACCGGAAUGCCGAUGGAUUUGCAAGGAAUGGAGCGAAUCUCGAAUGUCGGUCAAUUUCCGACUCCGAACACAAAAUCCACGUCGGCGAACUGCGGAAUACAAAUCCAGGAUGCAAAAAAAAAAAAAAAAAACAGGACGUUUUGGAUACGCGGGAAGUGAGGCCAUUUUCUCGUCACACGGCCGGGAAGUGGCGGAAGACUACGUCGGGAAUUCCGGAAGCUCAUCACGUCCGAAAUCCGCUUUCUUCGCUUACCUGCAUAUUCUUUUGAGACUUGAGUCUCAUCUACGGUGGCCCCAAAGGUUAUUUUGGACUAUUUUGACAAUUACAGAUGAUUGUCUUCAUCCAGUGAGCCGUCAGAGCAAAAACAAUCCGUUUUAUCUCUUUGCGCUGCUUUCAUCUGGCGUGUUCAUGCUAGCACACCAUCGUAGUUCUUCGCCCGAAAAAACGCCUGCGAAAUUUCAGAGCUGCUACUCCAAUCCGAGCCGGAAAUUUUUCCCGACAACUAGCACGGAAACACUUGCUUUUUUUUUUGUUGUUGUUGUUUUUUUUAACCAAAAUGUAUUUGCACUGUCACAGAUGUUCAUUUUACAGCAUGCUUGGUUGUUGUUGUUUUUGUUGUUGUUGUUUUUUUUUUUUUCAUACAUUAGCGUUAAUCCCGUUUUAAAUUGCAGAAUGUACAAAAAAAAAAAAUCAAAUUUCAGCGUAUUUCGACACGCUAGCUAAACUCGGCCAUUCUCAGAAGAGACAAUGGUGCAUGACUCGACGUUUUGGUAGAUAUUUAUUUUUUAGAAAAAUGACCAUAAAAAAACUAGGACAAAAAAAUAGAGAAUAAUUUAAAAAAAAUAAAAAAAUAAAAAAAAAGGAAUCUUAACUUUCCAAAUGGCGGACACUCCGAUUGACAGCUUUAACACUGCAACGCACCAGGUAACACACACACACACACACACUGUAAGCACGCAUUAAAAACAGCCAAAGAUUGUCACCAAGGACUAAAACCUGAUUUAUUAUUUUUUUCUGGUGUCAAGUUGCCAAGCAUCAAGUGUCAUAAGAAGCUUUCAACUGAUUGUUUGGAGCAAUAAUUUUGAACAUUGUGUUGUUUUUUUAUUUUUUUUCCCCCCCCAAAAAAAACAAGAUUUACAACUUAUUGGUUGGCAUUUUCUCAUUCCACAAAGUGAUUUUUGCUUUUACUGCUUAAGUUUUUCUUACCUGAAAGAGGUAUGGGAGGGCAACACUGAAAACAACAGUCACAUUGAAAAAAUGCAGUCGUAACAUUUUUUUAUGAUAAAUCGUAAUUAGGAAAAACAAUCCUAUUUUUACAAGAAUACUAUUACGAGAAAACCAGAAUGAAGUCGGCAAAGGGAAGAAAAAAAAAAGCCAUAACUUUACAAGAGAAUGUUGGUAAUGUUGUGAUAUGUAAAAGUUUAAAAAAUAAAAAAACAACGUAGUUUUACAAGAAAAAAAAUUACGAUCUUAUUUAGUUGUUUUCAUAUUUGGACUUUUUUGUAAUAUGAACUUGUCGUCAUAUUUGGAGGUUUUACGACUUUUCACUUGUAAAAGUACGUUAUUCUCGUAACGUCAGCUUUUUUAUUGUAAUAUUGCAAGUCAUAAUGUUAGUCAUUAUGAUGUAAAUCAUAUUUUAAUGAAAGUCAUUACGUUACCACAAAAAAUAAAAUGACUUCAUCUUGUAACCGUCCAACCUUUUUUUUUUUUUUUUUUCAUACAAAUUAAUCUCAUCACGAUUAUUGUUCUCAUAUCACGCCUCUCAUUUCUAAUCGUAUUUUUUACAAAUCGUCAAAAUGCAUCGAGAAGAAAAUUGUUAUAAUAUUUACGGGAUUAAACAAAAAGGCGUUAUAUGGGGAAAAUAACUGACAAGAUUAGUUUGCAUGUGAAAAAUAGCAAUAUUACCAGAAAAAAUGUUCCGAAGGUUUUUUUUUUUUUUCUCUCUCUCUCUCUCAACGGGGAAAAGUUUUUUUUUUUUUUCGUAAUGUUGAGAAAUUUGAUCGUACCACUUUUUCUUGCUGGGUUACUUCUAUUCAAUCGGUGUUUAAUUUGUCGUAAUUAAUUUGAGAAAGCUAAUUAGCUGUUGCCUAUGCUUUGCCGCGAGUCACCAUUUAACCUGACACACACACACACAACAUCACAAAAAGCAUACACACAACGCACGCACACACGCAUGCGCAACAAAAUGUGACCUCAAAUUAACGUCGUUCCAACACAUUUCUGCAUUGCUGAAGGCUUGAAAGUGUCCAAAAAAGGUGUUUUGACACCCCCGAAGCUGUGAAAUACGAAAACAGCCCAGCUGUUUUGAAACGCAUUUAUUUUUAGUAGCCACAAAAAAAGUGAGUUGAAAAACAGAGAGAAAAAUGUGCGCAAAUUAGUUCGAUGUUUCACUCUACCUCUUUUCCGCCAGUUCUGGUCUCGUCAUGGACAUGGAAAAAAACAACGAAUGGUCACAAAAGAAAAGGAAUGAUGACAAAAAAACAAUGAAACCCAAAGUCGAAGCUCAUACAGCUGUGCAAAACCAUAUCAGCACUCGCUAACAAUGCGGACCUCAUAGAUAAUAAGUCAAUGGAAAUUCUUGUUUUUGCUAAUUUUCGGGGGGAGGGGGGGGGGGGGGGGGUAACCUUGGUCCUUUUUUCACUUGACGUCUGUGGACGAAUAAGUCAACACUUGUAUAAAAAAAAUUUAAAAAAAAUUUAAAAAAAUGUAAAAACACAUUUUAGGCCUCAAAAAACAUUGUCGUAGUUCUUUGCCCGACAUCCCGAAAAAGUUCCGAAAAGUUGGAAUGUUGCGAGGAAAAAAGUUGUGAUGUUACGAGAAUAGCAAAGUUGCGAUUCUUUUUCCCCACUGUCGUAUUACGAAAUUCAUGUUUUUUACGAGAAUGAAGUUGGAAUAUUACAAGUCCCAACUUUUUUCUUUUUUCCCCGCAAAAGGACUUUAUUGUCAUGAAAUAGUUUUUCUAGUAAUGUUACAACUUUUUUUUUUCCUUAGAAAUCUGACUUUAUUUUCACAGCAUUAACAAAAUAUAUAUUAAUUUAGUCCUCAAAAGAUCUUUGUUCUUUGCCUGAUAAAAGUUGUAAUGUUAAGAGGAAAAACUUUAAAGCACUAUAACGAUUGAUUGUCCGCGUGUUUUAAAAAAAAAAAGCCGACAUAAAGAAUAAUAUAAAGAUUUCUUUCUUUAUAAAGUGGUAGUAUUAUGAGCAUCAGGUUGCAUUAUUUUGAGAAUGAAUUUGCAAUAUUACAGGAAAAAAGGUUGACAUUUUUUUUGUCAUAAUAAUGCUCAACUUUAUUUUCAUAACAUCACAACUUUUUUCUCUUAGCAUUGGUUUUUGUUCUCAUAAAAAUCUGACUUCAUUCUUGGAGUGUUUCAACAUUUUGUUUCUCGUUUAUGCUCAUAAAACUUUUGUUCCUCCAAAGUCCCCCAAAAAAUGGUUAAAGGCCGUGGCAUCAAUCCUGGGGGGGGGGGGGUUAUUUAAUUUCCUAAGAAAUUUAUGGGGGGGGGGAAAAAAAACGUUGUUGUGCAAUACUUAAUGGAGACCACAGCUCAAGAGAGCUUUCGCAGUCUCCUAUGUCAGAACUGUGGUUUUCUUGUUGAUUUGGUUUUUGCUUUUUUUGUUUUCAAUUAUUAUUAUUAUUUUUUUAUUGUUAUGAUGAUGAUUGCGUUCGGGGGCUGUAAACAAAAUAGUCUGUCAGUCUGUGAAUCUUUGCAGUAUAAUUCUGGUAUUGAUGUUCUCUUUAUGGUGUAAUAAAAUAUCUUACCUGA